AUGGCAGCAGAGACAGCGCUAAGAAUAACGGGUUCGAGUUUUACAGUUUGCAAUCUAAAUGGGUCUCAAAGGAGACCAGCUCCUCUAUCUUCUCCAACUCGUUUUCUGGGUCUGCCUCCUCGAGCUUCUUCCUCAAUUUCCUCUUCUCUCUCUCAUUUCUUGGGAAGUGUCCGAAUUGGCUCAAGACUUCCUAUUUCACGUCACCAACAGGGCAAGAGAAGGGACUUCUCUGUCUUCGCUAUGGCCGCUGAAGAGACAAAGCGUGCAGUGCCAUUGAAAGAUUAUCGUAAUAUUGGAAUUAUGGCUCACAUAGAUGCAGGAAAGACAACAACAACUGAGCGUAUUCUAUACUACACAGGAAGAAACUAUAAAAUUGGUGAGGUUCAUGAGGGUACUGCUACAAUGGACUGGAUGGAGCAAGAGCAGGAAAGAGGUAUUACAAUAACGUCAGCUGCUACAACGACAUUUUGGAAAAACCACCGAAUUAAUAUUAUUGAUACCCCUGGCCAUGUUGACUUCACACUUGAAGUGGAACGAGCUCUCAGGGUUUUAGAUGGAGCUAUAUGCUUGUUUGACAGUGUUGCUGGUGUUGAACCACAAUCUGAAACUGUGUGGAGGCAAGCUGAUAAGUAUGGAGUACCCAGAAUUUGCUUUGUCAAUAAGAUGGAUCGUCUAGGAGCAAACUUUUUCCGGACAAGAGACAUGAUAGUAACAAAUUUGGGUGCUAAACCGCUUGUGAUUCAACUACCAGUAGGUGCAGAAGACAAGUUUCAAGGAGUGGUUGACCUUGUAAAGAUGCAAGCUGUGCUUUGGUCAGGGGAAGAAUUGGGUGCAAAGUUUGUGUAUGAUGAUAUUCCAGCUGAUCUUCAGGAGUUGGCUGAAGAGUACCGGUCACAGAUGAUAGAAACUUUAGUUGAAUUAGAUGAUCAAGCUAUGGAGAACUAUCUUGAAGGUGUUGAACCUGAUGAGGAAACCAUUAAGAAAUUAAUUAGGAAAGGCACCAUUGGAAGCAGUUUUGUUCCAGUUUUAUGUGGCUCAGCUUUCAAAAACAAGGGGGUUCAGCCAUUGCUUGAUGCUGUUAUGGAUUACUUGCCUUCACCUCUUGACUUGCCAGCAAUGAAGGGAACUGAUCCUGAGAACCCUGAAGUGACAAUUGAAAGGAAAGCAAGUGAUGAUGAACCAUUUUCUGGACUAGCUUUCAAGAUCAUGACUGAUCCAUUUGUGGGGUCCCUUACAUUUGUCAGGGUGUAUGCAGGGAAGCUUUCUGCAGGAUCUUAUGUGUUGAAUGCAAACAAAGGAAAGAAAGAGAGAAUUGGUAGACUUUUGGAAAUGCAUGCCAACAGUAGAGAGGAUGUUAAGGUCGCAAUGGCUGGUGAUAUUGUUGCUCUUGCAGGUCUAAAAGAUACCAUUACAGGUGAAACUCUUUGUGAUCCUGACCAUCCCAUUGUCCUUGAACGGAUGGACUUCCCUGAUCCUGUGAUUAAGGUUGCUAUUGAACCCAAGACUAAAGCUGACGUUGAUAAAAUGGCUACCGGUUUGAUCAAGCUUGCCCAAGAAGAUCCUUCUUUCCACUUCUCACGAGAUGAAGAGAUAAACCAGACUGUAAUUGAAGGAAUGGGAGAACUGCAUCUAGAGAUUAUUGUUGAUCGUUUGAAGAGAGAGUUCAAGGUAGAAGCUAAUGUUGGUGCACCCCAAGUAAAUUACCGUGAAAGCAUUUCGAAAGUUUCAGAAGUAAAGUAUGUGCAUAAGAAACAGUCAGGUGGACAAGGGCAGUUUGCUGAUAUUACUGUACGUUUUGAGCCCAUGGAGGCGGGUAGUGGAUAUGAGUUCAAGAGUGAAAUCAAGGGAGGAGCAGUGCCAAAAGAAUAUAUUCCUGGAGUUAUGAAGGGACUGGAGGAGUGUAUGAAUAAUGGUGUACUUGCUGGCUUUCCUGUUGUCGAUGUACGUGCCGUGCUGGUAGAUGGUUCUUACCACGAUGUUGAUUCAAGUGUCUUGGCAUUUCAGCUGGCAGCCAGAGGAGCUUUCAGACAGGGGAUUAGGAAGGCUGGCCCUAGGAUGCUUGAACCUAUAAUGAAAGUUGAGGUUGUCACACCUGAAGAGCACUUGGGUGAUGUGAUUGGUGAUCUCAACUCAAGGAGAGGCCAGAUUAACAGCUUUGGUGAUAAACCCGGUGGGCUCAAGGUGGUUGAUGCCCUUGUUCCGCUUGCGGAGAUGUUCCAGUAUGUUAGCACUCUGCGGGGAAUGACAAAAGGUCGUGCAUCCUACACCAUGCAAUUAGCCAAGUUUGACGUUGUCCCUCAACACAUCCAGAACGAGCUUGCCUCAAAAGAGCAAGAAGUUGCCGCUUGAUUUGGUUUUCCUGUCGUCCCAACGACCAGGAACACUAUAUUUUUGUUCACUCCAUGAUUUAAAAAGCGCAACAUUACCCUUCUUUUCCCUUUUUUUUUUUAUAAAUUCUAAUAUUCAUGUCUUAGUUUGAGAUAUAAAAUUGCAACAGCAUUCUGAAGCACAAGCACUCUGCUCUUGGCUCUUC